CCGUUUCCUGAAUCCUACCUACCUCCUCGACCGCCUUUUCCUCCGCCCCCGAUGAAGUUUGGCAGGAAAAUAAAGGCCGACCUCUACGCGGAAUGGCGUCCGUUCUACCUCGACUACAACCUGCUCAAACGCGAGCUCAAGGACCGGACGACCGAGCACGGGUGGACAGAAGAUGAUGAGCGGGAGUUCACCGCCAUGCUCGAGCGGGAGCUGGACAAGAUCCACGAUUUUCAGAAGGAGAAGACCUCGGAACUGUCGCGACGCAUACGCGAUGCUGAGAAGGACGUCAAGCGGCUCGUUGCUGAAGACUACUCCUCCGAUAGCCCCGACCAAACCGCCCAGCAAUCCGUUCCGCCCGCCGCCGGGCCGCAGUCGACGGUCGCUGCUCGGCACCUUGAACAACCGUCCGACGCGGGCCAGUCAGGCGCUACCGUAGAUACGGAAGCGCAACAACAGUCAGAACCGGGGCUGCACCAGGACGCUGGCUCGGACGACGAAGAUACGACGGAUGAUGAGAACGCGGAUGAUAUCGUUUCAGUCGACGCUCUCGAAGACCAGUUCCAUAUCCUGGAAGAGGAGGUGGCGACUCUGGUCGCAGACGUCCACGACCUCGCUCUGUAUACGAAACUGAACAUCACGGGCUUCAUGAAGAUCUUGAAGAAACAUGAUAAACAAACUAAAAUGCCGCUCAAAUCUACUUUCAUUCAAGAGUACCUGGAAAAGCGCCCUUUCUACAAGUACAACUGGGACCGACUCAUCGUAAAGCUCUCUAAGCUGUACGACCUCGUGCGGACUCGUGGACAUCCGGUAGUAGGGGACUCGAGCGCAGGCGGUAGCCAGAGUGCAUUCGUGAGGCAAACGACGAAAUACUGGGUCCAUCCAGACAACCUUGUACAUUUGAAACUCGCGAUUCUGCGGCAUCUGCCGGUCUUGGUAUUCAAUACUGAGAAGGAGUUCGAACCCAAGGAUGCAGCCAUCACAUCCAUAUACUUCGACAACGAAGAACUAGAGCUUUAUCUCGGUCGGUUAGAGAAGACGGAGGGUGCAGAGGCGAUACGGCUCCGAUGGUACGGCGACGUCGACACGCAGACGAUUUUCGUGGAGCGCAAGACACAUCGCGAAGAUUGGACAGGCGAGAAGUCUGUCAAAGCGCGUUUCCCCAUCAAGGAGAACAAGGUCAACGCAUUCUUGAGGGGGGAGUAUACGGUGGACGCGGACUUUCAGGAACUCGUGACCAAGGGAAAGAAAACCCAGCAGGAGGUGGACUCGAUGAUCCAGUUGGCAAAUGAAGUGCAAUACGCUAUUCUGACGCGCAAGCUCCAGCCGGUAAUGCGCACGUUCUACAAUCGCACGGCGUUCCAAUUACCGGGCGACGCCAGGGUACGAAUCUCGCUAGAUACCGAGCUUACGAUGAUCAGGGAAGACAACUGGGACGGCCGAACGAGGUCAGGAAACAACUGGCGUCGAACGGACAUCGGCAUCGAUCAUCCGUUUGACCAGGUGGCGCCAGAGGACAAGGAGCUAUUCAAGUACGGCGUGCUGGAGGUCAAGUUGCAGACGCAGUACGGGCAGGAGCCCCCUCAGUGGGUCCUUGAACUCGUCAACUCGCACUUAGUGGAAGCAGUACCCAAGUUCAGCAAAUUCAUCCACGGCUGUGCCACACUGCUACCACACAGAGUAGAUCUGGUUCCGUUCUGGCUUCCUCAAAUGGACACGGACAUUCUGAAACCCGAUACUGGCGCGCUAUCUAUUUCCCGACCAGCAGUGACAUCAUCCCAAGGCAGCUCUGAGCCCACGCUUGGUACCAAUACGCCGAACAGGGAGGCUAAGCUGCCUGCCUACACGGAACCCGUGUCAGAAGGUGAAGAGGACGAGGAGAUAGACAUCGCCCCAGCCGACGACCACGACACCCAUAAGCGCACCGGGCUCACAAGUGCGGAAGUGGCCGCUGCUGCGUCCUUCCGCGAGCACCAUCUGAUGCAAGAGCGGGCCGAGGAACGGGAGAGGCGGGCCAAGCAGGAAGGCGCGAAGGCGAAGGAUUAUGCGCCGGAGGAGGCCGUUGAAGAGGAGGAUGCGGACGAUGAAGCGGACGACGAAAGGACGCCGUUCUUGAAGUCAGUGCGGAGAAAGAGCCAGGGUGCAGCAGCGAUUCAGAUCGGUCAGAACGGCGCUGCGGAGGAUCUUAGGCCGAGAGGGUUCAGCAUCGACCCGCUUGCGCCAUCCUCAGCCUUUGAUCAGACAUUGAGGGAUAGACUACAGAAAGAGCAGAAGAGCGGUGCACGUGACGACGAGGAUGAGGACGAGGACGAAGCGGAGAGUGCAUCGAGGCCCGCGGUAACUGGUGACGACCGAGUUCUUGAGAGGGGCUUUACGGCUCCAACCGGAAAGAAGAUCGCCGUGCCGGUGCGAAUCGAACCAAAGGUUUACUUCGCGUCCGAGCGGACUUUCCUGAAAUGGCUCAAUUUUGCUGUUCUGAUCGGGACGAUUGCAACAACGCUCCUUAAUUUUAUUCCUCCGGACGAUCAGGCGGGUUUGAUCAGCGCCGGGCUGUUCACACUCGCCGCUUUGCUUGCCAUCGCAUACUCGGCUGUAGUCUUUGUCUACCGCUCCAUCAAACUACGACGGCGAGAAGCUGACGGCUUGUACUACGACAAGUAUGGCCCGACGAUCUUGUGCUUUGUUCUGUUGGCGGCGCUGGCGACGAACGUUGGCUUGAGGGUAGCUCAGAUGUGAUCACUUACACGGACUGGAAUGCACUCCUUUCAUUUCUCAUGCUCUUAAUCGGGUUUACUCCGUACUCAACGACUCAGUUCAAUAAUUAUGCACCUGUUGAUUAGUGGUACAUUACGCAGACGGCGGUCCAU